AAAAAACACACAAAAAGAACUACAGAACAAAAUUCUAGGUUUCCACCCUGUUCAAACACCAACUACCCACCAUGUCUUCCAAUCUUCAUUGCUCAAAUUGGAUCCACUGGAAUCUAACUCGACCCGGGUCCGACAAAUUGGGCAAUUGGGUACUUUCCCGAUCCAAGAAUCCACACAUUUCAUAUGAAACAAGUGAUUGCAAGCUGGCAACUUUCUACACCGUUCAUCUUCCUUGAAGCUGUCCAAACAAAUCGCACAAUCCUUGGCCAUCAGGCCAGAGGAGGAGGAGUAGCUGAGGCAGGGCAGGCGGUCCAUCAGAUCCGGUGCGGAAUUGGGCGGAGACCCUUCAGCGGCUCUCCCGGGAUGUCGCUCUCGGCGACGGCGGCGGCGGCGGAAGGCGGUGGUGGUGAGGAGAAAGUGGAUGAGGAUGACGGCGGCGAAUCCGAGGAAGAUGAGAAAGAGGGAGAGAAUAAAAGCCAUGACGGCGCAUUUCAAGAACACGAAAAGGAUCUUUCUUGGGGUGGAGAUUGCGUUUGGCUUAGGCGGCCGCUCUUGUGCCAGGUCAUCUCGGUUGAUGGGAAUUCCGUGGCGGCGGCGAUGCGGCGGAUCUGGAUCGCUGUAAGGAACGAUUGGCAUGUGGGUUGUGGCGGCGGCGGAUCAAGAUUGAACGGCGAUGUGGGUCACGGGGAGGAGAGGAACGGAGCUUUUUGAAGGGAUAAGAGAAUAUGGCGGUGUUGAAGAUAUUUUCC